AUGCUGCAGACCUUGGAUACAGUUCCCGGUCUGGAAGUACUCAGCCUUAAGAGUGACCCAUUUUCGCUCAAUGACAAUCAACAAGAAGAAGAAGAAGAAGAAGACUCUCGAGAAGAUCAUAUACUAGUCUCUCUUCCGCGCCUCCAGCUGCUGCGUUUCUUAUACGUCGAUAUGUCUCAUGUCGCGAGCCUGAUCGAUCACAUCUCGUUUCUCUCGCAAACGAGCAUUGAGUGGACGUGUCGUUACAUGUUCAGUAAUGAAGAACCGUUCACUGCUCUAGUGGCGAAGCUGUUCACACGGGCGCAACGGAAAGCCUUCGUGAAGUUCAGGACCAGCACGAGGAACGAGCGCUGGGCCGAACGCUUGCUUACUAAGCAGGCGGGCGAAGAAGAGACGCGCUCAGCUGACGUACGUGCUAUGUCUCUUCCCACCCGCCACGACCUUCGCUACCAGCUCAUCUCGUAG